AUGUACGAGGUCAAGGAAAUCAGUCAAAAUUUAAGUCAGACACCUGUACUAUCGCCAAGUACGCUCAUUUCAUUUCAUAACCCCGUCAAACACGCUGAAAAACAAGGUAUACACAGAGACAUCGGUGAUGAACCUCAUAAUCUCAUAAAAGUACAGGAGCCGUCAAGAGUUAGUGUAAUUGAAUUUACCGCUGUUCCAUUUAAUACUAAACAACAAACAAGCAUCCAGCAGAUGAAAGAAUCUUUGAAUCAUUGGUGCAAUCUGUUAGCAUUGCUAAAAACAGUGAAAAAUUAUUUUUAUAAGUGGCGCGGUCUGAAUGAAACACGACCGAAGCGUUUACCGUGGCACGACUACUUGUGGACAUGGCUUGGUGCAUUUCUUGGUAUUAUAGUAGUUGCGACUCUCCACUAUUAUGUGUUAGAAAAGGAAGCGUUGAUAUUUAUCACUGGUUCAUUUGGUGCAACAGCAACUGUGCUAUUCGGAGCGCCCAAAUCCUCAUUAGCUCAACCACGAAACCUUAUCGGUGGACAUCUUGUUAGCGCCAUUAUUGGUUGUAUUGUGCGCGUUAUGCUUGUCAAAUAUGUACCAUUUGUAGCGUGUGCAUUGGCAGUAGCCUGUGCGAUUGUUUGUAUGCAGCUGACCGAGACAUUUCAUCCGCCUGGUGGUGCUGUCGCUCUCAUUGCCGUACAAAUACAACCUUUACCAAUGGCUGGAUUUUUAUAUAUUCUAAUACCUGUUCUUUCUGGCUCUCUAGUUAUGUUACUUAUUGCAUUAAUUGUCAAUAAUUUGCCAGCAACAAGAAGUUAUCCAACAUUUUGGUGGUGA